GACACUGGGAUAGAGGCCGACAAUUUAUGGAGAGAUCUCCUGCCGCUGGGUUCUGGUUUUGUUCGAGUACCUUAUCCUCGACGAUUUGACAUGCCACAGAGCAAGAGUAUCGAGAAUGACUCAGAAAAAGGCGAGAUAUACUCGCUGUCCAUCACUCAUCAGUUACACUGCUUAGGAGUACUAAGAGAUGUGAUCAAGAAAUAUGAAAAGAAAAACAAGUCUAGGUUUGCUGGCGAUGGGCAUGAAUAUCACUGCAUAGACUACAUAAGGCAGUCGAUUCUCUGCGCAGGAGACACAACUUUGGACUUUGCAGAGAUUGUUCGAGACCCGGACGGCACUGAAAGGCGCCUUGGGUUUACCGGAGCAAAUUCCACGCAUAUUUGUAGGAGCUGGGAUGCCAUCAAGGCAUUCGCCGUCGAGAACAGGUCAGGCGACAAGGUUGGAAUUGCAUGA